GACGAGAGCGUGCUCACGUUCGGCUGGUGGAGGUGCAGGGAGCAACAUCUCAGGGAUAUGUCCGCUGGCACGGCAAGAGGUCAUGGGGGUCUUAACCAACUAGGCGGAAUGUUUGUUAAUGGCCGUCCACUUCCGGAGGUGAUCCGGCAACGCAUCGUGGACAUGGCCCACCAGGGGGUCCGGCCGUGCGACAUCUCCCGCCAGCUCCGCGUCAGUCACGGCUGCGUCAGCAAGAUCCUGGGACGGUAUUACGAGACAGGCAGCAUCAAGCCCGGCGUGAUCGGCGGCUCCAAGCCCAAAGUGGCCACGCCGAAGGUGGUGGACAAGAUCGCAGAGUACAAGAGGCAGAACCCCACCAUGUUCGCCUGGGAGAUCAGGGACAGGCUGCUCGCCGAGGCGGUGUGCGACGGCGACACCGUGCCCAGCGUCAGCUCCAUCAACAGGAUCAUUCGAACCAAAGUCCAGCAGCCGUUCAAUCUCCCUCUGGAUGGAAAAGGCCUAAGCCCUGGACAAACCUUGAUUCCUAGUUCGGCCGUCACCCCGCCCGAGUCUCCGCACUCCGACUCUUUGGGCUCCACCUACUCCAUUAGCGGCCUCUUAGGAAUCCCCCAACCCAGCAGCGAGGGCAAGAGGAGCCAUGAUGACAGCGACCAGGACAGCUGUCGGCACAGUGUGGACUCUCAGGGCAGCGGCGGCGGCGCCAUUCCCAGGAAAAGCAUGCGUAUGGACCACUUCUCGCAGCACUUGGACUGCGGCUUUGAGCGUCCCCACUACCCUCCCGACUCCUUCUCCACCUCCGCCUCGGGUAGCAAGACGGAGCAGACUUUGUACCCGCUGUCGCUCAUCAGCGGCAGCCUGGACGAGGCCAAGAGCAGCCUGUCAUCGUCCGGCUCCGCCAUUGGACGCAACCUGACGGCGCAUCAGAGCUACACCAUGGUGCCUGCCACCCGUCGUUCCUGGAUUCGGUUUUCCAUGGUUUUUGGUUUUCCAUUGUUUCAUUUCGUCCAUUUUCCCGCCUCGCCGCACCCUCGUCCAGAGCCCCUCCAGUCCCUGCCGCUCUGUUUGAAGCAGGAAAUGUCACCAGAAGUUACCAGCACCAGCCCCGCCUCGCCAAACAUGGCGCCGUCCAACCUGCCAUUUGUGGAGCUGCAGAAACCGGUUUCUAUGAGUAGCAGCAGCUGCGGCGGUGGAGCUAGCACCCAUUUCUCUAAUUCCUUCAACUCAUUCUCCCAUCACGCACCUGUGUAUGGCCAGAUCGGCGGCCAGUCAAUCAUCUCAGGGCGAGACAUGGUGAGCUCCACCCUGCCGGGUUACCCGCCUCACAUCCCGUCGCCGGCCCAGUCGGGAUACUCCUCGUCUGCCAUUGCUGGCGUAGUCGCAGGCGCCGACUACCCCGCUCAGUCCUACAGCCACUCGCCGUACGCCUCCUACAGCGACGCUUGGAGGUUCACUAACUCCAGCAUACUGGGUUCACCCUACUAUUACAGCACAGCCUCCCGCAGCGGCCCCCCCUCAGCGGCUGCCUACGACCACCUCUAG